CCUCUCACUUUUCUCUGCUUAUGUAUUAUACACCAAACCCUUUGUUGUCCACUCUUAUCCCUUCCAUUUUAUUUGAGAACGUGAGGAAAAAAAAAAAAAAAAAAGAAAGCCUAAUUAAUUUUCUGUGGGAGAUAUUAUUUAUCGCUCUGAAAAAGAGAAAGCCUCCUUCGCUCUUUCUCCUCUGCCACACGGGAUUCGAUCUUUGCUUUUGUGGAAACCGAUUUGAUUCUUUGUUUUCGUAGGGUUUCGAAUUGAAGAUUGUCAAAUUAAAGAAAGAAAAUUUAAAAGAAAAUUAUCCAAUCUAUAGCAGCGAAUUUCUCUUUGUGAUUGUUAAACGAAUUAUUUCACCGGAUUUUGCCAAAUUUCUUGAAGGAAUUUCUUAUUCGCUAGCUAUGGCUGACCCUAGAAAUCACUAUUCAUACGGUAACGAUGACAAGGACGACAGAGCUUUUGAUCAUUCUGACGGUCAGGAUUUCGAUGAUUCGUCGUCCUCGAAAAGCGUUGAGCAAUCCGGUGCCGGAUCUACGUCGAGGAGUGAGAUUGGGCUUGAGGAGCGAUUGACGGAGAUUUUCGUAGAUGAAGGAGACGGAGAUCUGUUGCUUCAGAACAGCAAUCGAGAAGACAUGGUUCUACAAUGGCUUCAGGCGCUUGAUAUGCAGGUAAUGGGCGCGUGUCGUUCAGAUGAGAGGUUGAAGCCCCUGUUGAAGAUGAACGCUUCCAACGGCGUCGCCGAAGAUAGCCUUCUGGCUCAUUUAAGCCAGCAUUUUGAGCCUGUGGAAGUUGGUAUGCUAGCUAGGUGCUUCUGUAUACCCCUUGUUUCCAUUCGUGUUGGAAAGAUCAACAAGCAAGGGACGCUGUUGUGCCCUGCAGCUACAAGGGGAAAUUUGAACCUUACGGUCUUGCCAACAUCUAGCUUACGCCUCUCUUUCAUUGGAGAUGAUGGUCUCAAUGAGAGGCUAUGUACUGUUGGUUGCAAAUCCCAGUGUUCUAUAGCAGUCAGUGACAUACCAGAAGAUGAUUCUGGCCGAUCUUUCCUUAUAGAAGUCCCGGAUGGCCAGGUUUUUUACUUUUGGUGCUCUGAGAAAUCGAAGCUCUUGGGGAUUGAAUUGCUUGCGAAGAUGAAGGAUCUACUUAUGAGGAAACCCUCUAUUGCUGAAUUAACUGGAAUCAGUGAGUCGCGGCUUGGCUGCUUUGCAACCCACCUUCGUGCCUAUCUUGUGGGAUCGACUUUAGGUUUGACCUCAUCAAGAUCAGGAGGCUCACAUGAGAUCUUGGGUGCCACAAAUGAACAUUCUGAUACGGCACAAGAGGGACAAAUCUUUUCCACAUCAUCAAAAUCUCUUCGUUCCAGACACACCGGCAGUCAGACAUUGAGGACAAAUUCAUCAUUUCAGGGCAGCCUGAGUCCAAGAUCAAGUUCCUUUAAAGAAGGUCUGCCCAGAAGCAUUUCUUCUUUAAGAACUGCAGCUAGAGAUAAGUUGCGGAGGCGUGGAGACAGCCAUUUUUCAGCUGUUGAUAACCUAACCAUUGCAUCACCAGUUACAGCUGAUUCUUCUUCAAAUCACUUUGACAAUGACAAACUUCCUGAAAUUAUCCGAAGUUGCUCAUUGUCUUCGUCCUGUUUUCUGGAUUCAUUAGGAAAAUUGGCUGCUCCACCUACUAUGGGCCCAGCAACUCAAUUACCUUACAUAGGUACUCCUCUUUUAUCUCCCUACUAUUGUUUUUGCCCUCCGGGUGCAUCAACAUUACAAGGCUCAGCAGAAUCUUCACAGCAUCCUAGCUCAGGAAUUGAAUCAACUUUGCUUCCACCACUUGCUUCUUUAUUACCAUCUACAAUGCCCUCCAGCUUGUUGACUCAAACACCACCUUUUAAUUUGGUCGAUUCUCCCUCUGUGGAUUUCCCUGCGUUUAUGCCGGACCCAUUGGUCCGAUUGCCAAGGCCAACUUCUCAGCAGAUCCCAACCUUCACACCUCUCAUGUGUGAUCCAAUUGUCCACAUUCCAGUUAUUGAUGUUUGUUCUUCAGGUCAAGGUUAUCUGGUGAGUGCUGGCCCCACUAUUUCAACCACCAUCCCGCCACUGCAUCCAAAACUUGUGAGCCCAUUAAUUCCUAAAACUGAUUCAGUGGUGGAGAAGAGUGCAAGAGAGACUCUGCGCUUGCUCAUCAGUGGUUCAAGCCAGACUAGCUCGCCACUGUUGGAUGUGUUGCCUGCUGUUCUGACAAAUGCUGAUGACAAUUCUAGUAUGUUUGUUACUGGAAGCCGGGGUCUAUACAGUGGAACAAGAGAUGUUGAUGUUAUUGCAAGCAGCAUUGCAGCAAUGGGUCUGGUUUCUCUGUCAGGAAGGUCAGAUUGCGAAACUGUUCUAAGAACCACUUGUAGCGGCCAUGACAGUCUUAAUGUGCAAGAAGAUGGAUCUAGCAUUGCAGGUGAAUGUUGUUCGGACUAUGACGAUGAUGUUACUCUUUGUUCUGUCAGGAGGGAUGAGAGGGUUGAUCAAUAAGAAAUGGUUUCUCUCAGUUUGUUGUCUAUUUGUAGAUGUCAGUUUUUUUGGUUAUAUAGAUGUAGGUAUAAUUUGCCCGUAGCUUUUGGUCCUUCGAAGUGUAAUUAGUGCUGAUCCCACCAUUGGUUGGGCUGUGUUCCAUAUUGUUCCUUUGAUGUACGUCUUCUGGAUUAUAAUGUGAAUGGGUUUAUGACGAUAGUUUUCUAAUUUUUCUUA